GGUGACUUGAAGAGGUAUCUGCGAGCCCAGCGUAAGUCAGAUGGGAUGACUCCAGACCUGCCAACCAGGGACCUCUUGACUCUCCAGAGAAUGGCCUUUGAGAUCACCUCGGGUCUGCUGCACCUUCAUGAAAACAACUACAUCCACAGUGAUUUGGCUUUAAGAAACUGCCUCCUGACAUCUGACCUUACUGUCAGGAUAGGUGACUAUGGCCUCUCACACAAUCAUUAUAAGGAGGAUUAUUACCUGACUCCUGACAAGCUGUGGAUCCCUCUGCGGUGGAUUGCUCCCGAGCUGCUGGAGGAGUACAGAGGCUCUCUGAUUGUCACCGACCAAACUAAAACCAGCAAUGUGUGGUCAUUAGGGGUGGUGAUAUGGGAGUUGUUUGAGUUUGGUGCUCAACCCCACAGACACCUGAGCGAUGAAGAGGUGCUCACUUUUGUCAUCAGGGAGCGACAGAUCACGCUGGCCCAGCCCAGACUAAAACUCUCUCAUGCAGAUUACUGGUAUGAAAUCAUGCAGUCCUGCUGGCUUCCCCCAUCACAGCGACCAUCCGUCCCUGAAAUAUCCCUCCUCCUGUCUUCCCUCCUUGCUGCUGAGCGAGGACUGGCAAGGAGGAGUGUCGGGGAGGAGGACGAAGAGGACGAGGAGUAUGAAGAGGGCAGAGGAAGGAGAGGGGAGAGCGAGGAAUCAUUUGAAAGACGCUGGAAUCUCCUCCGUCCACCUGCCUUUCAGACCACAGCGAAUGAACGGCAUCGGGACAGAGAGUUUGGCAGGGACGGCAGAGACAACUCCUACCCUCUGCUGGACCCGGUGGGGAACUGCAUCACCCCAUCCUCGUCUGAACUGGACGACAUCCUGACUGUUACGGAAACUAGCAAAGGCUUAAACUUUGAGUAUUUCUGGGAGAAAGCUCACGCCAGACGAGGCUACAAACCUCUUCCUCCUCCUCAGCAAAUCCCUACUGUGAACAAUAACCACAGACAGAACUUGGACACACCCACUGUUGUGCCAGUGAUCAGUGCCCGCAGCCCCUCACUCGCCAGCGAGUACUACAUCCGACUGGAGGAGCACACGCCCCAAGACAAGUCGCCGACACUUAAAGGCAGGUCAAAGACGUCUUUACUGUCCGAUUCAGUCUGUCCGGGAGACGUGGAGCUUGUGGAGAUUCGCAGUGGAAUGCUGGGAAAAGAGCGAGUCCCUUAUUGUUCUUCCGAGAAGACUGAAAAGACACUCUACACGGUCAGAUCGAACGAGGUUCAGCUCCAAGUGCCGAACACCGGCGUGGCAGAGUUCAGGGACACUUCAAGCAGAGUGACGGACUUCUCCGUGGUGGACUUGGGGGACGACGAUGAAGUGGUGAAUAAAAAGCACAACGGAGCGGAUAAAAAGUGCUCGGCAACGUUUCAAGCCCCGCUUCUCCCUCCCAAGCCUCGUUCAAUGUCCGUGUCUUCAUCCAACCACCUUCACUCCCGUCCCCUCCCCGCCCCGCCUCUCGGCUACAGAGGACUUCCUCACUAUACCGUCGGUGGCAAAAUCGAAACAGACCCCCAUCACACAAGCUCCUGCCCACCUUCUACCCUUGAUCACCUCGGCCUCCAUCGGACUCGACAGACUCUGCCGCCCUCCCCGUCUCUCUCCCCUUCCAUUCCCCCAUCAAGCCAUCCAAUCUACCCUCAAAUGUGUCCUCCUCCUCUUCCUCCUCACGCCAAAUCUCAACGAAGUCUCCCCAGCUACAGCACAGACACCAGAUAUGCCAGACCACAGAUGCAGAGACCCAGCAGAGACCAACUAUACUGUGACACGUCUGAGAACAACAGCAGGCAUGCAGCGUCAUCACACCCCUCCAAAGAAGCAUCACACUCCCGGGCAAAAGACUUUGACUCUCCUAUUCGUAGAGAAAACCCACUGCGCGCUAUUUAUCAAAACCCACCUCACCCUCAGCAAACAAACAUCCAGAUCGACAGGCAGUCUUCAUCAAGUCCCACAUACUCAGACGAGGACGACUCCCCUUUCACGUCCCCCGAGAGACCUGGCAGCGGGACGACGGUCACUCACUCCAGCCUGUCUGAAGAUGCAGACCCAGCCACCGCAGAGCUUUUCUCACGGGGAAUGAAAAGGACCCAGUCCCGCCUCGACACCAUCCUGCCGGCCAUUUGGAGGGAAGACGCUGAACUUCAGGCGGAGCAUGUCGCGGCCGCGAAAAAGUCUCCGAUGCAUCUGUUUCUGACAGAGAUAUCAAGUGUGACAGAGGCCAAAUCAGAGGAGGAGGAGGAAGAGGAGGAGAAAAGAGACGGAGAGAGAUGGGCAAAUUUUGUGCUGCCCAGCAAAGGGAUGCGCCGCUCCCAGUCAUUGAUCACAGAGCUCAGCUCAGCAGGACAGUCUUGGGGACAAGAAAAGCACAUCAACAGGACAGGAGCCAAGGAGGACGGUGUAAUACCAGAUGAAUCAUUCCAGAAAGAUCUUUUUCUCACAGAGGUCGACACAGAGAGGAUGGACACAGACGAAUCAGAAAGUGAUUCAGUAAAGUACCUCUAUCCUUCAGGUUCCAGGUUGCAGCACUAUGUCUGCAGCCCCGGCAGAGAGGCUGAGGAAACCAGCACCAAAGGUAUACGGAGAUCCCGAUCUCUCCUUGCGGAGAUCGCUGUCGAGAAGCAGGAAUCUGAAAUUCAGAAGCCACAGAAAACUGAAAUGACAAGGGAGGAGUUCCUAAAAGAGAUCCAGUCAGCAGAAACCUUUUUGACUGAAAUCAUAUCGAGACAAACCGCUGCCACAAACAGGAUGGAAUCAGAUCCUCCCACCUCCCCGACACCACUGUCCCCCGAGUACGAGUCCCUGUGCUUUGACCCUGACUCUGCUCAGACCAUCCGGUUUCAGACGGAGAGCUCCGUACGGGCAGCCAACAAGGGCAAAGAUGACACACAAACCGAGGCCAUUUACGCCCAAGUGACCAAACGAGCUAAAAAGAGCGAGGUCAAAGUUUCCAUCAGACCCGAGAUCCCCAAACUCCACAUAGGAUCAAAUAAUCAGCCUCUGAAACUAGAAAGCCAAGGAAACAAUGCUGAUCACUGCCAGUCCGAUGAAUUUGUGUUUUCAGAAAUAAUGCCCAAAAAUGGUUUGUUACACAAUCAGACACUGGAGUGUCAGAAAGAAGAGGAGGAGGAGAAGGAGGAGGAGUGCUCAGACGGACCUGCCUUACCUGCUAGAGGCGAUCUAACAGAUCUGUCUCCUUCUGAAUCUACUGAGAGUGGAACCGAGUCCAAAAAUGUGAUGCUGCACGAGAACAACCCUCUUGUUAUAAAUAAAACUGAGACUGCUGCUGUGGUAGAGAAUGGUGACAUAAUGAAAGAUAACCUGCAGGCCAGAUCUGAAGGAAAGUGUGAUGGUGUGCAGCAGGAUCAUACCUCAAAUUUAGAGAGCUCUAAAAGUGUGGAUUUUGAAACCGGUAAUAAAGUAAAACACAAUCAUAUCACCGAAAAAGAACCCACAUUUUCAGCCAGUCCAAGCACUCCAGAGUGGAAUCCGUCCUUUGAUGUUUCACUCCUCACCCCCACCGACUCGGUCCUGUCGCCCCUGACCUCCAGCUCAGCAGACGCCCUCACGCCCAGCGACUCGUGGACAGGAGGCGGAGGAAGCGGGUGGCGGGCUCUGGGAAAUGAAACGCCUCAUCGAGACUCCGCCUAUUUCUCGGACAGCGACUGGGAGGGUGAUGGAACAAGCAGGAGGAGCAAUGGCGAUGGCCUUGCCUCCAGGACAAGUGGCGGGCGUGGCGGCGAGCGCGGGACACUGACAGAGAUAGAGGAGAACACAGAGGAGGAGGGAGAGGCGAGCGAGAAGAGCCCGUUACGGAACAGUUUGCAUGCUUUGUGUAAUGAAACGAGAACUGGAAAGGAAAGAACUGUUAAUAUUUGUGACAACAUGGACACAAAUGACAGAUCUCACUCAGGCACUGAGAAAGAUACUCUGAACAAAGGGCUGAAGUCCACACAAAGAGAUGAUUCUGGCAUUUUUCACAACGAGAGCAACAGAUCAACCCUGCUGUGUGACGAUCUUGAGGUCAAGGACUGCGUUGACUUCAUCGAUAAGUUGUUUUCCAAACUAGACGAUGAGCCUCUGAAAGCUUUGUCGCACAGUGGUGCGUUUGUGAUAGACAGCCACUACACGGCUGGCAUAAUUUCUAAAAUAACAGAUUACAAAUACUCAGAGGGGAGCAACUUAAACCUGCAUUCUAAGAGCCCUGCAGAGACGAGUGGUUUAAUCAUUUCAAAAGACGGCACAAGUGUUCCAGAGACAGAGAAUGUCCUGAAUGCACCAAAAUCCACGAAAUCCAGGUUAACCAAAAUCUGUGAUGUUCAAAGCUCUGAGGGCAGAUCGAGAGAUGAAACUCUGACAAAAGAUGACAUGAAGCCCCAGCAGGGCACCGAAGAGAGGGCUGGUCUGGACCACAAUGAGCUGGGCCUGAGAAACCUGCUCUGCUCAGACCAGAGAGAAGAUUUUGAGGAGGUCCUGGUGGAGACACAUCAAAAAGACCUGAAGGAAAAACCUCCGGAGAGCAGAGACACAAGUGUUAAUGAUUCUAAUAAAAAUAUGAGUAACAAUUUGUGUGGGCAGCUGGAUGUGAUGUCCGAGGAGUGGUGGAGCGCUCUGGAGGAGGAUGAGGAAACACCAGGAUCUGGAGUUGUUACAGGGGAACUCGACUGCCACCGCUUGGCUCAGCACAUAUGGCCUGACCAAAAUAACCAGUGGGCUUCCCCUGAGAAGAGGUGCCAAGAAGUCGAACUGAGAUCUGAGUUUUUCUCUGGAAAUAAGGAGUGGCAGAAGAGGGAGAGCUCAAUCAUCGGUGAACUGAACUGGGAAACUGAAGAAAAUGAUGAGCUUGCAGGAAGUGAGCCUCACCCUGCUGCGUUGGAGGACUGUGAAGAAACCUGGACCAAUGAAACACUGAGUGACAAUCUAACUGUGAGGGACAUGUGGGUCUCUGAUGGUUCAGUCAACCAACCACAGGAGGACGUACAGCAGGAGGAAAACCUUGAAACUUUGGAGGAGAUUGACAGUUUCAAGAGAAAGGCAAAGAGAAUGAGGUCCGAUAUCGAAGUAGAAAACGUAGAAAUCCCAGAUGAUGAAUCAUUUGUGAAAGGAGACAGGCUGGCUUCCUCACGCCUGGAAGGAGACAUGGAGGAGAAUCAAAACUUUAACAGAUGGCCUCAGAAUCAGCUCAGAGAGGACCAGACAGCUGUGCACGACCUCAGCCAUGCUGUACAGAACAAAAGCUCAAACACAUCCAUCAGCAUCACCGAAGCUCCUCACACAAACUUCUCAGACCAGGAGAAUGACAAAGCAGGCUUCAAACCAGAAGCAGAAAUCAGACAGUGGUUCACUCAGCAAUACACCGAAGAACGAGUGCAAAGAGUCGAUGAGGACUACAGAGAAAUGCCAUUUAGUCCCAUUACCUUUGAAGCACUGAAAGACGCAGAUCAGUCAUAUCCAGAGAUGGACAAUUUCAGUUCGGUGGAUUUUCCAAGUCCACCUCGGAGCAUAGAUCUCGACGUACAAGACGAUAAACUGGAAAGUUUAGAUGACUCUUUUCCCAGCCCACCACCCUCUGUUAUAGAAGCAGAGGACUUUAUUACUCACAUUAAUCUAGAAGACUUUAACACCAGCUCUGAGACAGAGUCGUAUAUUUCACCACCCGACAAUGCAGACGUCUCAGAGCAGCCCCCGCAAGAUUUACCACCCGCUGCAACUCAGAAUAAAGGGAUCUCGGCCAAUCUGAGCCUCACCUCUGUGCACAUAAUACUUACAGAUGAUAACAACUUUACAUCAGACAUAGAAAGUCAGGAUCAUCAUGGUAACUUUUCACAGAGAACUUCUCCUGCAGUUCCUUCCACAGCCCCGAAUGUGCUGAAAAACAUCCCUGAGUUGUUGAUUUCAGAGUGGAAAGAUUUGGACGAGGAACCGCUGGAGGAUUUUGAGAAACUGGAGCAGCUCUGCUGCAUCUCUGGGGACGAGGAGGAAACUUUGGGGGAGCUUUUCUUUGGAAACCUUGAGCUCCUGGAGUCUUUGAAGAAAAGCCCUGAUCAGAAGGGCGCAGGUGAAACCGAAUCAGGCGAUGAAAUAUGGUCUUCCCCCGAGGGAAGCGGGGUGGAUUUAAAAGCAGAAGAGAUCUCUGAUGAGUCGAAUCAGGUGGCGGAAUCUUAUAAAACAGAGAUCAUGGAUUCCCAAGACAAUCUGUCGUCACCAGAAGAGAGGAAUGAUGAGCAGAGAUCACCUGAAGUUAAAGACCAGGGGUGUCUUUCCAAGAUGACGACCAAAAACGGCCUGAGGAUGCAGGUGUGCGAGGAGAGGCUGCAGUUCUCCCUCAGCGAAAACGUGAAAACAAACGUUCUUUGGGGUGACGACGUGAAGGAGACUGUUACGCUCCGGCCCUGGGGGGAAAACAUCACAGAAAGCAGCUGUGAGCCGAAAGAGCAAACAGAAGAUGAGAGCCAAGAGGAUCAGGAGGCUGACUCCAACAAUCAGCCACCCAGAGAGUUUGAUCAAACUAAACCUGAGCCCCUCACUGUGCUUGAACAACCUGAGAUAACCACAUCUCAACCUGCAGCUAACCAGACAAUGAAAGCUAAGCUCGCCCGUCUAUCUCUCGCACUCCCCCCUCUUGCUCUGAAUCUCCCUCUUACCCCGAGCGGCAAAGCUGGAUUUGGGACCGGGGCCAUCGGAAACCGCAUCGGAAGACGAAGAGGCCUAUCGUCAGGAAGCGACCAGGAUGAGGAAGAGGAGGAGGAGCAAGAGGACGAAGGCUCCCGCAGGGUGAUUGUCAUCACAGAGACCGACGUGGACAAACGCAUCGGGCUGAGGAGUCUGCUGAAAUCACCCAAAGAACCGCUGGACAGAGAGCGGGAUCGAGGACGGAACGUGUCCUUCUUUGAUGAUGUCACCAUCUAUCUCUUUGAUCAGGAAACUCCAACCAACGAGUUGAGCUCACCAGCUCCUACGAGUCCAUCUGCUGUGUUUGUGAAAAGCAGCAAGGUGGACCUUCUUGGGCCGAGCAAAAACAAAGACUCAAAAAGGAAAGAAGAGUUUUCAUUCAAGCCAAGGUCACCAGUGGGAGCCAAUCCUGUGACGUCAUCGCGCUUCACCGUCAGCCCCGCUGACGACCCCCAUAUGGUGUGACGUUAAACAUCGUUACAGGAACCGCCAGAGAUGAACCCUCGCCGAGUGGCCAAUGAAUUUAUCCGACAACCAGCCAUUCACCCAGAAAAGAUAUUUUUUUAUUGAAGAAAAAAAAAGGCAACGGAAAGAAUGAGACUCCGAUUCUAAAAAAAAAAAAAAAUGCUGGACACAUUCCGGAUUUUACCAGAGACAGGAUUUUGUACGACGAUGCUGAGCUCCCGCCUGCCGCUGUUUACAGAGUUUAUUUGUAGUCCUUUGGCAACAGACGUCUUUGGAAAAGACAACAAAUGCUGUGAAAAGAAGAACCUGGAGCUUUGUAAAAUCUGAAACUAAUUUGUCAGCUAUGCAGUGGGAGUCUUGCUGUACCAGCUUACCUUCUAUUUUUAUUAUUUAUUUUUCCCUGCUUCAUUCUGUUGAAUACUUUUUAUGUGGAGAAUGCACUUUCCUCAGUCGUUCAUCUGUCUCUGUAAAUGCUUGGAUUGAUUCCCGUCUGGACAUUUUCCUUUGCAGUCAGUUCGCUGUUCUUGUAGGCAGCAAUUUGACUCCUGUGUUUGAAAAUUUUCCUUAGCAUUUGUACAAAACUCAUGAUAGAAGUGUAAACGAUAUUAUUUUAGAACUUUUAUUUAAGAUGAAUUCUUGGUCUACACACUCAACUAUUUCUUUAAGCUUAAAUUUAGGGUAAAACUUUUUUCUUACACUAUUGUAAUUAUUUAUGCAAAGUCAUGUAAUUAAUUUUAUUUAUUUAUUUAUUUAUUUAUUUAUUUAUUUAUUUAUUUGCUUUAGUGCUGUUUACAUUUAUGAGCUAUAAAUUGUUUGGGAUGGAAUGCGCCUAAGUUCUCUAAAAUCUUCAUAACAAAUAAAAUAUUUUCCCCAAACAUCUUGAUUGCUGGAAAAAAAAUGUAUUUUCUAUAAUUUUAUUUGUUAAUUUCUGGCAAACUUUACUGUAUGGAAAUAUGUCCUGUAAUGUUUAAAUAUUUUUCCCAAAGUCAAAUAAUUUUCAGCCAACUUAUCUCCUUUUUUGUUUGUUUGUUUGUUUGUUUGUUUGUUUGUUUGUUUGUUUGUUUGUUUGUUUGUUUGUUUGUUUGAUAAAGGUUAAAUGUAGCUUAGCGCCACGAAUCGAAGUUUUUCAUGAGUAAAUUAGUUCCAUUUGUUUGCAUUUCUGAUAUUUAAGUCCUUUGUUGAUUUUUUUUAUACUAUUACCAGUUGAUCAUGCAGCAGAGGCCCAGCUUGUCUGUUUAGUCUGUUUAAAUGUUGGUUUAAAAAAAGUAAUGUUUGAAAAUGAUUUUCAAAGGGGGUGAUGUACAAACAAGGGGAAAUAAAAGCUAAAAUUGUGAA